GCAGCAGCACUACUAAAGGAGGAAGGGGAGACUUUAUGCCAGUAAUAUGAAACAAGCAUGAAAAAUUGUAACCUUCCUCUGGCGCCUCAUUCUGCAUUUAUAAAAUAACUCGUCUUUGUCAGAUUAUUUGCUUUGCCCCUGAAGGAUUCUCUUGUACACACCGUGACCCAUAAGCAUGAAGCUGUCACUUGGUAACCGGUAACAGAGUAUCAGAUUUCACUGUGUCCACCCAACCUGCGGGUGCUCGCACGUCAUGAAGUCUGACUUGCUGACAGCUCACUUUCUUGCAGCUUUGUCAUUUAAUCUGACCACAUGUAACUCCAGUUCCUUGUCAUAUGCCGCUAAGCAAAUAUGACAAUAUUUCAUCUCACUACCUCAGGAGCUGAAGUAAAAUGGGGGCUUAAGAUAAGGCCCUUAUGCUGCUGGUUCUCGUUACACUUGCUAUGAAGGAAGAAGUAACAGUAGUCAUCUCCAGUUGUGCAUGAACUAAUGCAGAGAAACAACAACACAUCUUGAUGAAAACUAAGGCCAGUUCUUACAGCUGUUUCUCCUGAUCAAGUUUGCCCAUCAGCACUGCACUAUAUUUACCUUCAUCCUAUGUUACACAAAUGAGGGAGGGGGGAAGGCUUAAGCAGCAUAUGAAGAUGGACAAGGGUAUCUCUGGGACACUUUGAUUAAACACCUGCUUGGGUGGGCUGGAUGGCUGAGUCAGGACCCCCCCUCCUCCCGGUUAUUGUAAACUCCCUCCACUGGAUUCUAGCAGGGUUGUUAUUCCAGCAGCUGGGUACCGGACAACUCUGUGUCACAUGAGAGGGGUGGCUCCAGUCACGGUGGCCCCGGGGGCUAUUCUUAGCUGGAGGAAUGUACACAGUGGCCUCAUGGCGAGCUCCACAGCACCUAACUGGAAAGCCUUGUCGUUUCUCUGUGUCAUGUUCCCUUUUUCUCCCCGACUACGCGAUCCACUCUCCCUCUGGAUAAUGUUUUGGUCCUCUUUUGAUUGGGACUGACCAGACAUUUUGGAUAUUAUUGGUUGUCUGAGGGCAGGAGAAUGGCCUUAAUACCACGGGAGGUUUUCUCUUUCAAAGACACAGAACUUUCCUCCCACCUACUUGUCCAGCUCAAUAUCCUCCGGCAGGAGCGUAUCCUGACGGAUGUCCUGCUCUGCACGGAGCACCAGGAGAUCCCGUGUCACAGGAACGUCCUGGUGUCCAGCAGCCCAUACUUCCGGGCAAUGUUCUGCAGCAACUUUCUGGAGAGCAGUCAGGCCCGAGUUAACCUCAAGGGAAUCUCUUCAAAUGUCCUCGUUGGCAUCAUGGACUAUGUCUACACAGGCUGCAUCACUAUCACCAUGGAGAUUGUGCUGCCGCUCAUGCAGGCUGCCUCCAUGCUUCACUACGGGAGUCUCUUUGAGGCCUGCUCUAUGUUCCUCCAGGAGCAGCUGAGUCCGGAAAACUGCCUGAGCAUGAUACGACUCUCUGAGAUCCUUCACUGCGAGAGUUUGAGGGAGAGGGCGAAGGAGAUGGCUGUGAGGUGUUUCUCCGACGUAGCCGCCACGGAGGACUUCUGUGAGCUGUCUCUUCCAGAGCUCAUGUGUUACCUAGAAGAUGACCGACUCUGCGCUGAGGAGGAGCAAGUGUUUGAGACCCUCCUGGCGUGGAUCCACCACGACCCCUUCUCGCGGCGCGGCGCCAUCCACGACCUCUUCAAGAAAGUCCGUCUUCGCUACAUCCACCCAACUUACCUCUUCCAGUUCAUUGCCAACGACCCGCUGGUGCAGUCCUCCACCCUGUGCACCGAGAUCAUCGAGUCAGUGCGCCGCCUCAUGCUGACAGUCAGCACCAAGUGCAGCCGAGAACUUAAGCCGCUUUGGACCACACCGCGGCGCUACACCUGCAGCGAAACACUGGUGGUUGUAGGAGGACGCAAGAACAAUGAACAGACCUCUAGAGAGGCCUUGUUGUAUGAUGAAAGGACUCAUCGCUGGCAGUGGUUGGCCAAGCUCCCUCUGCGCCUCUACAAAGCUGCGUAUGUGUGCAUUCACAGCAUCCUCUAUGUGGUCGGCGGGCUCAGCCUCUGCAUGACAUCGGGCGACAGCUCGGUCAGCGCCACAGUUUACACACUCUCCCUGAAGACCAACCAGUGGCGGACCGCUGAGCCCAUGCUGGAGCCGAGAUAUGCCCACCAAAGUGUGUCCUAUCUGCACUUCAUUUUUGUGCUGGGAGGCAUCGGUGUCGACAAGAAGAUCUCUCGGUCUGUUGAGCGAUACAACAGCAUGUUUAACCAAUGGGAGGCCAUGGCGGCGAUGCCCACAGCGGUGCUGCAUCCAGCCGUUGCAGCCAGCGAUCAGAGGAUCUACGUUUUCGGAGGCGAGGACGCGAUGCAGAAUCCGGUCAGGCUGAUUCAGGUCUAUCACAUCGCUCGUGACUUGUGGUCCAGUCUAGAAACCAGGACGGUGAAAAACGUGUGUGCUCCUGCUGCUGUCAUCGAAGACAAGAUCUACAUCAUAGGAGGAUACACCAGGAGAAUGAUUGCCUACGACACCAAAGCCAACAAAUUUGUCAAGUGCGAGAACCUGAAGGAGCGGCGGAUGCAUCACAGCGCCACAGUGAUCAACAACAAGCUCUUUGUCACCGGCGGACGGAUCCUCAACGGCCACGAUGUCAUCGAGGACUCCGACUGCUUCGAGUGUUACGACCCCAAGGCGGACGUUUGGACCUCCAAAGGAUCGCUACCGUACAAGCUGUUCGACCACGGCUCCCUACCGCUAGUGUGCGUUUCCAACAGACCCAACCCUCCCUGACCCCCCACCUCCACAUCCAACCUGCCACUUGGGCAAAUGUUUCGCUGCAUGUUCUUCCCUCUUUGCCAUGAGUUGUUGUCAUAAAGGACUCAGACUGCUUCGAGUGUUGAGUCCCCAAGACGGACGUUUGGACCUCGAGGUGCAUGUUAGGCCAGGCAGACUUUCAUGUGAACUCAGCUGAUGGGCAGAGGUGUCAUUCCUACGGCACUUGGGGUAGAAGUGAAGUUAGGAACCUGUGAGAUGACUUCAGCCCGACGUGCUUACACAACUAACAGCUGUCCAGACACAUACCUAAUCCAAAAAGCUCUGUCCACAGAUGGUAACUAAACGUGUUAAUCCUUAAAUUAUUGGAUAUUUAUACGGAGCUGUCACCACCUACCAGCUGCUGAUUUCCCUUUAAUAAUUAAAUACAUAGGUAUAAUAUGUCUGGUGGCUUGUUAACUGGUAAAAAAACGAAAGUGAAUGAUCAGACAACCAAUAUAAUUUGCUCUUUAGAGAAAAUACAUUCCUCUUUGACCCACAUGUUUACACCGGAGUGCACUAGCUAACGAGUUGAUGAAUUGUGACAGAAUACAGACAAGCUGCUAAUGCAAACAAUGUUUUUCUGGUCACGUGUAUGUCAUAACAAAUACAAUAAAACAAUGUUUUAGAUUAGCUAAAUCACUGUAAUUAUAUUAGUAUUUGUGCCCUUUCACGUCACAGUUAGAUAAAUAAAAUGGCUUCACAGGAACCUCUGUUGAUUUGAGGAUGCAGUGACCUGCUGAGGCGGCCUGUGCAACAGACAAAUGUACACAUGUAGCCUGCAGGUGGCUUCUCACAAAUAUUAUUGUGGGAUUUGAAAUGAACUUUCUAUUCAUCUGAGAACAAAAACUAAUGUACCGGCGGACGAUGUAAGACAAUGAGACUGUGGAGCUUCUCUACUGUUACUUCUGUCCUGGCUUUGUAACCCUCUGGACCCUCACUGCCGUGCUCCAGCUUCAGCCACUGGUAACAGUUGCCAUGGCAACCCUGUUAUUACCCUAUUUGAUCAUCUAUGGCAUCCACGUCAUGAAAAACCGAUCAAGGGUACUUGAACAAUGUACUACUUUUCUUUUUUAUGUUUUAUUUCCUUAUUACUGGACUAUAUGCUUAUAAUUUGGAUAUUGAUUUACCUGUCUAUAAAGGAACACAGUUGUUUAUACCUAUUUAUGUGGUGAUACUGCAGGAUAAUUUCUAAUUUAUUACUUUGACUUUCCCUGCACAAGACAGUGAAACUGUUUUCGAACAGUGGUACAAACGUUGUUAUUGUUUUACUGAACCAUCUUUGAGUGAACUUGUUACAGAAUUAAAUGGUUUUCAAACUGUUUGCGGCAUGACUGAGUCACGUUUACAGACUCAUCCUCAAGGGAGCAUUGUUGACAAGGAAAUGAACCGUACUCGCUGGCUAUCAGUUCACACAUUUCUUCUCCAUUCUUUAGUUAAUACCACUUGAAACAAACAUAGAGCAUCAUAUUUCAUAUUUAUUAGGAACUGAUAUUAAAGCUGGUCUGAAACAAAA